AUGAAGUAUAGCAGAGUGUUGUUGAUGUUGACUGUGAUGCACACGGUAUUCGUACGUGGGCUCUAUCCGAAUGGUGAAGAGAGCUUGGUGCCAGCUGAUUUCCGCUCUUUAAACACAGAGGACGGUGUCCUGUACCGUGUUGAAGCCUCUCGGGAUGAGCUGCUGAGGCUGGGUCUUCUUGAAGGACUGUUUGAUCCUCCUAAUACGAACGUUGACGUUGACAUUGGCCUUGACAGUGACUCUCUCAGAAACGGUGCGUUGAUGAGCAGCGUAUCAAAACUUGCACUUGGUACUCCACAAGGAGCAUUGACGGCUGAAAGGGAUGAUAUUCUACUGGAGGAGGUCCGUGCCCUUGAGAGACCUUCAAAGGUUCACCUUGUGAUUACGCUUACCACGACUUCUACGACAUAUGUUGAAGAGACGAGGCCAUUGGACGCAGUUGAAGCUGAAACGACGGUCACGGUGACUUCGACAGAGAUCCAGCAGUCUACACUGUUACUGUCUAUGAGUCUGUCUGUUAGCUCACAGUUUGAUGAUGUACCAGAAGUACCUCUCCAAGAGGCUGCAAUAUUGCACAAUUCAGAAUCACAACUGGUUCCCUUGACUGCCAAUGGGAUACGGGAAAUAUUCAAAGAGACUCUAUUGAGUCUAAAAGAUGAGAUUUCAAAGAAGUUUGCAAACAACAGUAACAGAGAUGACCGUGAUGAAGUGCCUCCAGAUCCCUUGCCACAACCUACUCUCACUGAUGAGCCUACUCCAGGUGAGUCAGAACAACUCGAUGUGAACGAUAUUCACAGCUUCAUCAAGGAACUCAUACGUACUGUUAACAACAAUGUUCCGCAGUCCACUAUAGAAGAUAAUGGUCUUUCAGCUCCAGCAUUGGAGGAACCACCUGCUUCAGCUCUUCAAGAGGACUCUGAGCUUGUGGAUGAAGUUGAGCAGAACCAAAAUCUCAUAGAACUGUAUGGACUCGGUGACCGUGAUCUCAAGGAGAUCGAGAAGUACGAAAAGUUCCUCUCUCUUUCAAGGUUCAAAGACCUUCCUGAGGAUAUCAUCACCGAUAUUAUCGACUUUGUGCGUGCUAAGGAUAAACACCAGUUCAUUGAUAACUUUAGGCAUCGUCCCUUCUUGAAGGGUAUUGCAAUUGAUGUUACAAGCACCGAUGGUGGCUCUCCAAGUGAUGACGAUGACUCCAAAGGUGACGAUAAUGAUGGCAUCAAUGGGAUCUCUGAUUUUGAAGAAAUACAGCAGGAUUCCCCUCCAGUGAGCUCAGAACAAGAAUUGAAUGCUAAUGGUCUUCUCAGCUCUAUCUUGGAGAGCCAGAUCUCCUCCAAAGAAGGGUCAUCUGGAAAGAAGGCAUCGGGUAAGAAGAAGAAGUUGAAGAAACCCCCAAGAAGUCUCAUGGGCUCACUGGAACAACGUGCUAUCCCCAAUAAAUUGAAAUCAGAAGACAGAGAUCGUACUGAUGAAGGCUUUACGUCGCUUGAUCAAAAGUUUACAACCAAGUUCAACAGAAAUAAGAAGAAGGUACUGAAAUCGAAGAAGAAAGCACCUCCAAUUUAUGAUAAUGUUGAUGCAGAAGAACAGCAGGACGACUUCUAUAACCCUGAAGCUGAGUUGUUUGAUGGCUUUCCGAAACAAGCUAACAAGGAAGGUCGCCAUGGAAUGACCUCAGGCACAAAUCAUAACAUUCAUUUCGAAAGAAAUAACGUGAAGGCUUUGGCUGUUGAGGAGUCCAUAGACUCCCACAACUUGGACAUCACUGAAGUUGAGCCACCAUCUCAAUUGGCCAACGGAACAGUAUCCGAUGCCACCACAAGCACGAGUCCACAUCCAUCACAGCCCACCAGAGAAGCCUUGGAGGAUCCCUCACUUGAGGAGAGCUACAGCCUUGAAGGGAAUACUGGUCGUUCCGAUAAUCAUCACAAGUAUAUGGGUGUCCUUCAGAGAGAGCAAUUGGAAACCAAGGCGAAAGCGAAACUGAAACAGCGAGACAGCAUCAUGAGGAACCCGUCGUUGUUAUUCGACAAGGCCAACUCAGGCUCUAACAAGGGUAAAACACCAAACGUUGGUGGCCAUUAUAAGGGUGAAUUCUUUGAUUUCACUUCAAAGUCUACGAGCCUCAGAGCUGGAGUCUUCCACCAUGUUGGGCUGAUUCUUUGUAGCUUCACCCUACUUUUCUUCCUAUUGGCUUGA